UAAUCUUGUCUUAAGACUAGUCGUCAAUCUUUUAAUACAAAAUGAAGGCGGCGUACAUUCUGCCUUUCUUCAUAGUAUUUUGUCAUGGGAGUAUAGUAAGGAAAAGUAAUAAGAAUGUUCAGGACUGGUGGGAGUCCACCAUUUUCUACCAAAUCUACCCCAGAUCCUUCGCCGACAGCAACGGAGAUGGCAUUGGUGAUUUGAAUGGUAUUACAUCUAAAUUGGACUACAUCAAGGAGAUAGGAGUUGGUGCCAUUUGGUUGUCGCCGAUGUUCCAAUCACCUAUGUAUGACUUUGGUUAUGAUAUAUCAGACUUCUAUGCUGUUCAUGAUGAAUAUGGUACUAUGGAGGACUUUGAAAAUCUUCUGGAGAGAGCUAAGGAACUCGAUAUAAAAGUUGUCCUUGAUCUUGUACCAAAUCACACAUCAAAUGAGAGUGUUUGGUUCCAAGAAGCUCUUAAUGGAAACGAAAAGUACUACAACUACUUUGUGUGGGAUGAUGGUGUUAUUGAUGAGAACGGGAAUAGGCAGCCGCCUAAUAAUUGGCUGAGUCAUUUCCGAGGUAGUGCUUGGGAGUUUAGAGAGGAAGUGGGUCAGUACUAUUUACAUCAAUUCGUUAUUGGUCAACCUGAUCUUAACUACCGAAAUCCCGAUGUUGUCCAAGAAAUGAAAGAUAUCAUACGCUUUUGGUUGGGUAAGGGUGUUGCUGGAUUCAGAGUAGAUGCCGUAAAUUGCUUGUUUGAAGUCGACAAAGAACUCUUUGGCGGCGUUUAUCCUGACGAACCUUCAUCAGGAAGAACUGAUGUUGACGCGGGAUCGCAUGAUUCUUUAGAUCACAUUUACACCAAAGACCGUAACGAAACCUACUAUAUGGUGUACGAAUGGAGAGAUGUAUUUGACGAAUUCAAAGCACAAGAUGGUUUGACCAGAGUUAUGAUGACUGAAGUAUAUGCUUCAAUACAAAAUGUUGUCAGAUAUUUUGGAGAAGGUGAAUUACUAGGAGCGCAGAUGCCUUUUAACUUUGAUUUAAUUACUGACGUAGAUGCAUCAUCAUCCGCUGCUGAUAUAAAAAGAGCCGUUGACAAGUUUCUAACUUACAAACCAGUAGAUGAACAAGCUAAUUGGGUGGUUGGCAACCAUGAUAAUCCUAGAAUGGCUACCAGAUACGGAUCUGCAUUAGUAGAUGGCAUAAACAUGAUUGUGCUAUUACUGCCAGGAGUGGCUGUAACCUAUAUGGGUGAAGAAAUUGGUAUGGUUGAUGGCUACGUGAGCUGGGAAGAUACAGUUGAUCCGGGUGGUUGUAAUACGAAUGAUCCUAUCAAUUAUGUUCUUUCAUCAAGAGAUCCAGAACGUACACCUUUCCAUUGGAAUGCAGAGAAAAAUGCUGGGUUUUCGACUGCCGACAAGACAUGGCUGCCCGUGGCUGAAGGAUAUGAAAUCUUAAAUGUGGAAGUGCAGAAAUCAGCCGACCGGUCUCAUCUGAAGGUUUACCAAGCACUAGCUGAGCUCCGGCAAAAUGACGUUUUCAGAUACGGGCGCUAUGAUUCACUGGCUUUAAACAAAGAUGUCUUUGCUUUUAGGAGAUGGAAGAAUAACAAUAUUUACAUUGUCGUCGUGAAUAUGAGGGACACGGAGUAUGAAAUCGACUUGACACACUUCGAGAACGUCUCUGGAAAUGUAAAGGUCGUUGUGCGAAGCGUACAGUCGCCUAAGAAUGAAGGUGAUCGGUUCAAGGCGGAAUCAUUCCCAUUGGCCGGUUUUGAAGGCGUUGUUCUCAAAGUUUGACGAAUAAAAAUAUUGAUUAUGAUUUAUUUUUAUAAAAUGGUUAGUGAUAAUAAAAUUAAUUUCUAAAAACUAAA